AUGGGCUGGGAAAACUGCAUCUGGAUUGUUGGGAUGCUGAUGGAGGUGAAGAUCUGCCGAAUCCAGCGCUCCUUAGCAUCCCAUUCCCGAGUGGAUUUGGCGUCUGGAGCAAGCAGCUUCUUGGCCUCCUCCCACAGGUACCGCCCUGCUCCUCACCCCUUAUCCCACAUCUGGAAAUCUGGAAUCUGGAAAGGGGAGCAGAGGGGGAGAACACUCACAGAGAUGCCCAGCAGAGAAUUUAAGAGCAGAAUCCUUUUCCUGGGGCAGGACUUGGGAGGGUUGCUCCUGCGGGGCCGGAGCUGCGGGAAGCAGCCGGAUCCUCUCCCUCUGUCAUGGCCGAGGAGCCCGAGGGACAAAGGAUUCGCAGCCAAGAACGAGAAGCACAGGCUGGGGGGGAGCCCAGGGGAGCGGGAACAGGCUGGGAGCCACGGGGCCGAUCCCAAUCCUCCGACUGUGCCGGGAGAACAAACAGCACCGCCAGCGCUGCGGGCCCGGCUGCUUCCCAAAGGGAACAAACACAAACAGCCGUUCCCGCUCCCCGUUGGAGCUGGGACGGUGCCACCAUCCCACAGGGCUCAGGGCACUCGGUGGAGAGUGGUUGUACAGCUGGAAAGAUCCUGGGAUUCUCCCUUGGGAAGUUCCUGUGCCUCCGUGCCCGUCCACGCCAUGCCAAACCUGGCAUUUCCUAAUUUCACACCACAUCCUCCAAGCUGGGCACCGUCCCUUGUGCCCUGGGCUCACAGGUCACAGCAAGGGAUGCCUCUGAAGGGACAAUUCGGUGCCCCCCCAUUGUGGGUGAAGCCAUUCAGGGCCCUGCCUGUGCUUGGAGAAUAUUUGGGAGAAUUCCCGCUGUUGUUUUUGCCGGAGGGAGUAACCCCGGGAGCUCCAGCACUCACUGGGUGACACAGCUCUGAACCCACCCAGCACCUCCAGCAGGGUUUGUGCAACCGGGGGGGGAUUUUUGGGAGCUUCUGCACGGAGGAUUUGAGGCGGAAGCAGGGAGAGGCCGAGCCGCAGCCUCAGCGAGGUGAGGACUCACAAACAGGACCCUCAUCCAGACUCUGGAGCCAAAUCCCGCUCCCAGCCCAGAGCAGCAGGGAUGGCCUGGAGGGAUCACGGCGUGGACACAAACCCUGCGCCCCAAAUCCUGUCCGGCACCCCGGGCAUCCACCCCCAAAUCCCCCGGGAUCGCGGCGCUGCCUGCCGGGAGCGGGAGCUGCUGGUGGGCUGCAAUCAACAGCCAUAUGUCACCGAGGCUGAGGAACAUGAUGUCUUCUUCGCUGAGGGGUGAAUCAGUACCCGAGUCUGAUAUUCUUCUCCUCCUGAAUUAAUUAAGCAGCAAUCUCGGGUGUCUUUGUCUUUCCAGCUAUUAUCUGCUCGUUCCAAAGCGCUCCCGCAAGCGCCAUCCCAGCAGGAGCGCGGGAAUGACUGCGGGGAACGAGCUCCCAGCCUUGGCUCACGGACUCCUUCCCCUGCCACACGUGGGGAGACGGAGGUGGGAAGUGCGAAGUGGGAAGUGGGAAGUGGGAGCUCACCUGGACUCUCACACCUGAUUCCGUUUGCAGCCCAGGUCAGGAGUUCCCUCCCAAAAAAAACCCCUGGCACUUGUAGGGUCUCCUCACCCUGGUGCUCCCCAGAUCACCCCCUUGGGAUCUGGGUGCCAAAGGGAUGUCCCGGGGGCUGGGGGGUGCAGGGAGGGCAGCUUUACACCACUGCCUCUGUUCCCUUUUGCCUGUUUCACCUCCUUCCCUGGGAUUUGAAUGGCAGAACUCGCCGGGAAUUCGGGUGGGAGGGGAGGAUCUGCCAGAAAAUCCUCCUGAGGAGAUCCAAGACACUUCACCAAACUCAUGGAUGAGUUGGCUCUGGAUUCCAGCUGGGGAAACUGAGGCAGCAAGCGAGGGAAAACUCCUGCCUGGGAAAAUUCUGUCUGGCUUAGAUGUGGGGCCAGAGUCCCUGUCCUUGUCCCAGUUAUUGACCGAGCCCAGGUAACUGGAGCUGGAGGAGGCAGAAACCACAUCCUCCCCCUGGAAUCGACGGCGGUUGGAUGCCAGGAGGGCCGGAGGGAGCCAGGGCCGAGCUGGACGUGCCCCAGGCAGGGAGCAGAGGCCUGAGCAGGGGACGAGAACUUUCCCUGACAUCCCUGAGCCAUCCCGCAGCCUCCCGGCCACCCCAAACCCCUCUGUCCCCACGGGCCACGGCCACCCCGGGGUGGGUGCUCAGAGACUCCGGGUUUCUCCCUGCUCCCUGUAAUCCGUCUGGCCCUGAUAUAGCCGCUGACCCGGGGGGAAUCUAAAUUUAGCGGGAUGAAUCCCGCCCUGUGUCCCAAGGGCUGAUGCCCUUGAGGCAGAACGACAGCGGGGCUGGGGCUGUAGGGACAGGUCCACACAGCCCCAGGACACUGUGGACACUCUCCUGGAGAGCCCCAAGACACUGUGGACACUCUCCUGCAGGGCUGGAGCAGGGACAGGGGCACGGAGAGAGGAGACUGGAGCAGGGGAAUGGCACUCUUGGGUUGUGAUCCCAUAAACAGGGGUGGCUCACAGCUCAGGAGCCACCCUGAGGUGUGGCAGGAAGCCCCCCCUGCUCCCCUGUCCCCCCAGUGCCUCACAGGAGAAGCAUCUGCUCGGGGAGGGGCACGGAGGGGGCACACGGCCGGCGGUGGCAGCUGGCGCUGUCACUUGCCAAGGGACACCGAGGGCAGCGAGCCCGACCGAGGUCCGGCCCCUCGCAGCCCGCGGGGGACACUCGGCGGGUCCAGAGCCGAGCACUUGCACUCGUGACACUUGUGACGGAUCCACCCCUCGGGGACGCGGGGAGAGGGCGGCCGGGAGCGCGCACGGACAGCCGGCCGGACAGCCGGCCAGCCGAACAGCCGGACAGCAGGACAGCCGGACAGCCGGACAGCAGGACAGCAGGACAGCCGGACAGCCGGACAGCCGGACAGCAGGACAGCAGGACAGCCGGCCAGCGGCCCCGCUGCGGUAACGCCGCCCUCUAACGGCCACCGGCCCCGCCGCUCCCCCCGCGCCGCCCGUCCCCCCGCGGGGCCCCGGUGCCCAGGCGGGGCUCACCUGGACGUGCACCAUGCCGCAGUCCCCGCAGUCCGUGCAGCUCCCCGGCAGCACCAGGCACAGCACCCCGCGGCCGCCCCGCUCCAGCUCCGGCCGCGCCGCCGGGGACCGCGGUCCCCCGGGGAUGCUCUGCCCCGCCAGCACCGCACCGAGCCCCGGCUGCGGGGACACCCCCGGCCGCUGCUGCCCGCGCCGGGGCCUCGGCGGCCGCUGCAGCCGCUAAUUCCCGUGAGCCCGCCUCUGCCUGGCGGGUCACCAGCAGGAGAUUAGCGAGAUCAGGAGAAAGCUCCCCAGCACGCUCCCGGCGCCGUGCGCCGUCCCUGCCGCCGCCUCCGCCGGCCCCAGCGGUGCCACCGUCACACGUGCAGCGAGCACGGCCCCGUGGGGAGCACCGGCAGCGGCCGCACGCUGCUCCCGACGCGGCGGGUACGCCCCAAACGGGCCGCCGCCUUCGGGCGAACGAGAGCCGUGCUCCGUGCGGGUGUUUGGGGUGCUCCCGACGCCGAGGAGCUCCGUGUGGCACACGGGGGAGCGAGAGGGUGUUUGGGGUGCAGGGAUGCUCCCGGCUGCUGGAACCCGCGGGCACUCUCUGACCACACGGCCCUUGGAGCAGAGCUGGCACCCAAACCCUUGGUCGCCACUGCCAGCGGGAGCCAGGGCAUGGCCGGCUCACCCCAAACUCACCCCCAGCUCUCGGCACGCACAAGGUGGGCACGGGGAGGGGUGGAAGGUUGGGGAGGGGGAAAUCACAAAAUCACAAAAAAAGGAAGGCUGGCCCCCAAGAAGGGGACCCCAGGAGGGGGUGACCCCUUGGCAGUGCUGCUUUUGGGGUAAACCACAAACCCCAGCCAGAACUGGCACCCAGCACCAAAAUCCCAGACUGUUCAUGGUCCCACUGACCCCCUCGAGCCCCUCUGGCUGUCCCCUGUCACCAGAGGCUGCUCCUGGGGGCAAUUCGGGGGUGCAAGGGGGAAGAAUUUUUGUGUGCCAGGCCCUGGCAGGGUCCAUAGGGUGAGGAACCAGUGCAGGAGAAGGGAGAACUGCAGGAACUUAAUUAAUUAAUUAAAAAAAAAAAAUUAAAAGCAAUAAAGAAUAAUCUACAGCUGUCCCAAAAGCACUUGGUGAGGCUGAGCGAUCCCACGAGGGAUCCAUCCAGCGUCUGCUCCUCAUGGAAGGGGUGGAAAAUCCAGCAUGAAAUUUGUGGGGGGGGGGGGGGGGGGGGGGGGGGGGGGGGAAACGGCUCCCGUGGGGCUUCCAGAGGGAGGGGAAACAGGGAGGAGGUGCCAGAUCCCAGGGGACAAGGCAGGGAUGAUGCCAAGCCCCCGCUCUGGGAGCCACCCAGCCAUCCCUGAGGAAAAGGAGCUGGUUUGCUGCAGGCAGCAGGCUCAGGGCUUCCUGAGGGCUCCUGGAAAAAUAAUCCGGCACGGGAAUAUCACACGGCUCGUGUUUCUCUAAAUAAGUCAUUUUUCCACUGC